AGCUGCAUCAGCUCAAGAACCCUCGGAGGAGAGCCGCGGCCGGCGUAGAAGGCACCUCUUCCAGCGGGCGCGGCGGUCACCUGGGAGCCCCGCGGGGACCCGACGUGCCCGAGGGGACCUCCCGGGCGCUGGGCUGCGGCUGCGGCGCGGGGCGGCGCUGGGGGGCCCGGAUCCCACGAGACCUGGGACACCCGGGACGGAGGCGUGGCCCCGUCACCCUGCGCGAUUUCUGGUGGACCAAGGCGGGAAGCCGGUGCGUUUCUAAGCAGUCGCCACCCCAGCUUCUCUCAGCUCGAAUUCAGCCUCCAAGUUGCGGGCACCGGAAAGACUACCUCGACGAGGAGGGCAUCUGCCCCUGACUGUGGUGGGGUUUGCUCAGGGGCUUAGAAGGCACCGGGGACUGACCCAACCAGCCCGGGGAGGACUGGCAGGCGCCUGAGAAAGCCGCAGGGCGCGGGCUGCCGUCGGGGUUCGGAGGCGAGGGGGCUGUGCUCGAUUCGUAGAUCCCGAGGCCCUGAGCUUAUCUCAUGGGCUGUCUGCUCAUCCACCAGGUGUCCCACGCCUGAUCCCCGGCACUCCUUGCGGCGACUUCUGUGCAAACUUCUGAUUCUGUUUCGCAAGAUUCCCUUCUUCUUCCCGGAAAGGUUGGGACGAGCUGCAGGUGCUAGCCUUGCACAUCGCGGACCAGUUGUCUCCGAGAAGAGGACAAUGGCAGGGCCGGGAUCAGAGCUGCCUUCUGGCCCUGUGGCCCCCAUGCUCCUGUCAUGGCUAACAGGACUAGGGGCUGGAAUGGUCUUCCUGAGCUUCAUGCAGAAACUCCUGUACCCUUACUUCUGGGACGACUUCUGGUACCUGCUGAAGGUGGUACGCUGUGGAUUUCGGAUGGAGAUGUACAGACUGAAAGGGGAGCUCGUCACUGUCCUGGAUAAAUUCCUGAUGCAUGCCAAGAAGCAGCCUCAGAAACCUUUCAUCAUCUAUGAGGGAGACAUCUACACCUAUCAGGAUGUGGACAAGAGGAGUAGUAGAGUGGCCCAUGUCUUCCUGAACCACUCCACGCUGAAAAGGGGUGAUACCGUGGCUCUGCUGAUGAGCAAUGAGCCCGAUUUCAUUCACGUGUGGUUCGGCCUGGCCAAGCUGGGCUGCGUGGUGGCCUUCCUCAACUCCAACAUUCGCUCCGUCUCCCUCCUGCAUUGCAUCCGCAGCUGUGAGCCCAGGGCCCUCGUGGUGGGUGCAGAUUUGCUUGGAACUAUAGAGGAGAUCCUUCCGAGCCUCCCAGGAGAUAUCAGUGUUUGGGCAAUGAAAGAGUCUGUUCCGGAAGGCAUAAUUUCACUCAAAGAAAAACUGAGCACAGCAUCUGACAGCCAGGUGCCACACAGCCACCAUGUUGCCUCAAACCUCAAGGCUCCUUAUCUUUAUAUUUUCACUUCUGGAACAACAGGUCUCCCAAAAGCAGCUGUGAUUUGUCAGCUGCAGGCUAUGAAGGGUUCUGCUGGAUUAUGGGCUUUUGGUUGUACUUCCGAUGACAUCAUUUAUAUAACCCUUCCUCUGUAUCAUAGUUCAGGAUCUCUCCUGGGAAUUGGUGGAUGUAUUGAGUUAGGUGCUACUUGUGUGUUAAAGAAGAAAUUUUCAGCAAGCCAAUUUUGGAACGACUGCAGAAAGUAUAAUGUGACUGUGUUUCAGUACAUUGGAGAAAUUUGUCGCUACCUUUGCAAACAACCUAAGAGAGAAGGAGAAAUGGAUCAUCAGGUACGUUUGGCAGUUGGAAAUGGCAUACGGAGUGACGUAUGGAGAGAAUUUUUAGACAGAUUUGGAAAUAUUAAGAUGUGUGAGCUUUAUGGAGCUACUGAAGGAAACAUUUGUUUCAUGAAUCACACUGGGAAAAUUGGAUCAGUUGGGAGAGCGAAUUUCCUUCACAAACUUUUUUUCACUUUUGACUUGAUAAAGUAUGAUUUUCGGAAAGAUGAACCCCUUAGAAAUGAACACGGCUGGUGUAGUCUUGUGAAAAAAGGGGAACCUGGACUUCUCAUUUCUCCAGUGAAUGCAAAGAAUCCCUUCUUUGGCUAUGCUGGAAAUAAGAAGCACACAGAAAAGAAAUUGCUUUGUGAUGUUUUUAAGAAGGGAGAUGUUUACUUUAACACCGGAGAUUUAAUGGUCCAAGACCAGGAGAAUUUCCUUUAUUUUUGGGACCGUAUUGGAGACACUUUCAGAUGGAAAGGGGAAAAUAUUGCAACCACAGAGGUUGCCGAUAUUAUUGGAAUGUUGGAUUUCAUACAGGACACAAAUGUCUAUGGUGUGGCUGUACCAGAUUAUGAAGGAAAAGCAGGAAUGGCUUCUAUAACUUUAAAACCAAAUACGUCUUUAGACUUGGAAAAAGUUUAUGAACAAAUUGUAACAUUUUUACCGGCUUAUGCCUGCCCACAGUUUUUAAGAAUUCAGGAAAAGAUGGAAACAACAGGAACAUUCAAACUACAGAAGUUUCGGUUGGUGGAAGAAGGAUUUAGUCCAUUGAAAAUUUCUGAUCCACUUUACUUCAUGGAUAAGUUGAAAAAAUCAUACGUUCCAUUGACCAAAGAAAUUUAUGAUCAGAUAAUAUUAGGGAAGAUUAAACUUUAAGCUUUUAUUAUAUAUGGGAUUUUCCUAUGCUGCUUAGGAGAAGUGAAAGGAGAGUAUGUGAUUCUUUAAUAUGAAAUGGGGAGAGGGAACUGACAUUAAGCAUGGGCUAUAUUUCCUUAACAUGCAACAAUUUUUCUUUAAGUACUAACUUUAAUUUGUUUUAAUUGAUAACAAACUUUGGGUGAUUAUUCUUUUUACCUAUUUGGGAUUCAGUGCAUAAGUAAAUAUCUGCCUUAAAGUUUUUAAAUAAUAAGUGGUUAACAAU